AUCAAAAUAGAGUUCACACGCACAACCCGCCGCCGCACGCCGGGAUCUCGAUAGACUCUGGCUGCCGCGGAAAGCGGAAAGAAGGCAGGGAUCGUGGCCAAGAUGCAGAUCUUCGUGAAGACGCUGUCGUCGACAAGGACGAUCACGCUGGAGGUUGAGCCUUCGGACACGGUGGCGGACGUGAAGGCCAAGGUGUACGAGUCGGAGGGCGUCCCGCCGGCCGAGCAGCGCCUCAUCUUCGCGGGGAAGCAGCUGCGCGACGGCUGCACGCUGGCUGACUACAACAUCCCCAAGGAGACGAUGCUGUCCUUGUGCUGCCGCCUCCUCGGAGGCGGCCCCAAGAAGCGCAAUAGGAAGACGUUCACCACUCCUAAGAAGGGCACGCACGAGCACAAGAACCCCGGGCUCGACGCCGUGCUUGGGCGGUACAGGAUCGAUGAGGCCACGGGGAAGGUGGAGAGGCUGCGCAUGCAGUGCCCUAACCCGGAGUGCGGCCCAGGCGUGCUCAUGGCGGCGCACGCCGACCGGCACGUCUGCGGCAGCUGCGGCCUCACCUUCGUCAUCCAGAACUAGAGCGCGGCAGAUAGCUAGGUCGCUUCGUACUCCCCCCAUUUGCAAUGACAAAGCGUUUUUACCUUUCUAGAUAUGCACUUAUGUCUAGAUACAUAGAUUAUCUUAUACUUUUUUCGUUCUUUUUUAUUUAUCGUGUUUUAGUUAAAAAUAAAUUAAUUGAGUGAAUAUGUUAUA